CACUGCGCCGACGAGGGCUAUGCGACAGCUAUGCGUGGCGGCGAUCGCUUGACCAUGAACCUGUUCCCGGACGAGUACUUCUACGCCGACUACCAACAGCAUUAUCCCCCGGCGGCGGCCGACGAGUACGGGCCAGCGGCUUCGUCUUACCCGCACCCGGUCGUCAAGACCGAUGGCGAGUGUUACGGGCAGCAGCAGGACGCGUCCGCGGACCCUAACUACUGCUACGACGCCACGGGCUACUAUUGCGGAUACGGUCAGUACGACGCGGUGACGUGCAACGACAGCUGGUCGUCCGGACAGGAAGCGCAGCCUCUGCUACCACCGCCACCCACGUACGCUUGCGACUGGACCCCGGCGGAAGAAGGGCCGCACAUUCCGCCCGCGCCGUUGCCGCCGUUAACCCUUCCGGAACCGGUUAACGUUUUCUGCGACCAUCGGCCCGUCGAACACGCAUUUCAAUCCGACCGCGGUUCCCAUCAAAUCGUCACCCCCGUCGCCGCAACCGCGGACCAACAUUUCAAAUCAUCAUUAAACGAUAAGCCUAUGAUGCACAGAUAUGAUCAAAUAUCCUUAAGAAAAACCACAAUCAGACCAUCUACAAGUCAAAGACAAAGAGCAAAACGAAAACCUAGAAUACUUUUUUCUCAGGAUGUAAUAUCAGAAUUAGAGCAACGAUUUAAGCAACAAAGGUACUUAUCGGCAACAGAACGAGAAGCAAUGGCAUCUAGGAUAAGGUUGACUCCAACUCAAGUUAAAAUAUGGUUCCAAAAUCGACGAUACAAAAGUAAAAAGCUAAUAACAGCUGAUAGUACAACAUCAGACAACAAUAAAAAGCCUCCCCGAAGACAAUUUCCCGUAAUUAAGCAUUGUUACAAUUCUGAGUUUACUAAUAUUAUUACAAAUAAUAAUCAUAAUUUCAAUCAUAACAAUAAAUAUUUCAACCAGUCACUGUAA